CUUAAUCUAUAAGUGCAUCAACUUUCUCAAGAACAGAUGACCUGACCGCGUGCAUUGAGUUCAUAACUCACUGCGACAAUCAGGUUCAGCAAAAUCCCUCACUGUUUGAAACACGCGGCUAGACCGUGGCUUUUUGGUUUGCGCACAGCUUUGCUUUGCGUAUUGCAAGGGAUCACCACGUAUACUUGAUCUUCUUCAUCUCAAACUGACAGCGGUCUCCGGGAGCUUGCCAUAGCCUAUCGGCAAUAUUUUCUGGAUGGAAGAGCCCUGGAUGCAUCCUUCUUGAACCCAAACUAUGAAUAGUUCUGAUCAAUGAAUGUACGCAUACAUGCGAAAAUUGUUGAGAGCGCGAUCGAAUGGGAAGUGAUGGAUCAAACUUUGUGGAACCGUGACCCGGAGUUACUUGUUCUAGCUCUUGUCCCUCUCCAUUGUAGGCAAUCGACGAACUUGGUCAAGCAGAAACGCGAGGCUAUAACGCGGACUCACAACAGCCUUUCCCCCUUGGGAUCGCCUCGUUCCUUCGCCCUUUGCUACACCUUCGCAGGGAGCACGUUCCGUCCAGGCCUGCUACAUCGAUUCGCCCAAAGGAUUCGCCAUGGCUCAAACGAUCGCUGAACUCAUCCAAGGCCCGUUCUUCAUCGGGGUGAUGAUCAAUAUCCUACUCCUCGGAGUUCUACUUCUUCAAGUGUACCUCUACUUCUCCAGCUACAAGAAGGACAAAUUUUGGAUGAAAUUCUUUAUCUGGGUUCUCUUCAUUAUGGACAUAGUCAACACGGUGUUCUUGGUGAUCUAUGUCUAUGGCCGACUAAUCGUUGAUUUUGGCAAUGAGACGACCAUAGCGACCGAGAAUUGGGUCUUUUCGAUAGAUCCUAUCUCAGCAGGCAUCAUCACGGCAAUGGUACAAUGUUUCUUUGCGUGGCGCGUCAAGGUCAUCACGAAUAACAUAUGGGGUGUCCUAGCCAUUUGCAUAUGUGCUCUCGGCAACUUCACCGGCGCGCUUGCAUCGUGCAUUUAUAGCACUUUCCGCACCAGCUUCCUCGAAUUUCAGACGUUCGAAAACGUCGUCAUUGUCUGGUUGGCAGCUUCGGCGCUUGGAGACAUCAUUAUUGCCACCGUUCUGGUCAAGCAUUUGCGUUCUCUCCGGACGGGAUUCGCCGCCACCGACGAUAUUGUAAACAAGGUGAUCAGACUCACUCUGCAGACCGGUCUUCUAACGGCGAUCUGUGCGUCUAUCAACUUGAUCAUAUUUUGUGCCGAUACUUCCGGGGUUUACUUGAUCUUCAACAUCCCACUUCCGAAACUCUACACAAAUUCGCUUAUGUCUAGCCUCAACUCGCGUAAAGGCGGUGGAUUUGAUUCAUCUCAGCGUUCUGGCAGUGCGCAGAUGCUGUCCGGCGGGCGGGCCGGCCAGGCCCAGUCAGGUCCCCAGGUGGUCGUGAGCGUGGAGUCGCAUGAGCUGAAAGAGGUCAGCAGUCCAGCCGCGGCGGACAUCAAACACGGUCGUGGCUCGGACGAGGCGAUCGCGCCUUUCGGCGGUGUCGCCAGUGGGUACAGCGUCCACCCGUUUGCGAAUCCUCAGGGUGGGCAGCAAUGGAACACAGGGAAACCGGCAGGGUUUGGAGAUAGUGUAGCGGUAUAACUCGUAUUACCAGGUUUUGAGGAUGACUUUGUACAGAAUUUUACCCAAGACCCGAGUUCGUUCGUUCCUUCAAACAUGUUUUACUUUGGAAUGAGAGGCCUUUGUAUUUUACCCUCGGGGCAUACCAAAGAGCAUUUUGAC